AUGGCAGACGCAGUCAUUAAGCCGGAUCCAGAGGCAGCGGUCGCAUCACCCAGGUUCAUGGAGGAUGAUGAUAUAUAUGAGGAUGCUGGAGACAUGGUGAUCAAUGAAGACCCUAGUUUUCAAAAGUUAUGGUUAGGUCGUGUUCCCAAGUACGUUUGGAAUGCAUGGAAUGAAAUGAGUGAAGAUUUGGAUGAGGAGAUACAGAUUGGUACCAUUCGCAAUUGUCGAGAGAGAAUGCCUGACGGCACUAUCAAGGACUCUUAUUCCAUGUUACUAAAUUCCAAUCUUGCACAGCAUCAGACUGUUCCCAAGGAAUAUAACCUCGAUAUUACCAACUCGAAUGUCAAGAAUACUUUCAUUUUCUCGGAGCAAGAUCUUCCAGGAUUCAAAUCGAAAUCAAGACAAAAAUUUGCUCUGGAGACUGCAAAUAUGCCAGCAAGAUUAACCCGUGGAAAGAUUGAGAAGCCGGCAAACAAACAACCAUGGGAUCCCAAUAGGAAAUUCCAACCUCAAUUUCGGAAGGCAAUUCCAAAGAGAACAAAUCUUUCCGGUAGGGUUGUACAUGAAUUGAGUUGCAUUGCCGUACAAAACGAAGAAUCAGACCGUCUUCUGGCCAUCAGGACUUUGGAAGCUAUGAAACCCAAAGUCGGCACGAAAUUUCUCAAUGAGGAUCUUGAUGUGGGCCAAGGUUUUAUUCAGCCUGGUACCAUCAAGGCUUCGGAUGCUUAUAGGAGCUUCAUUAAAACCAAGAGUUCCACUGCUAGUGGGAAGCCACAACUUACCAAGGCCGCUCGUAUGCCAGAAAAUGAGCUUCUGGAUAAGAUCUUCGAAUGUUUCCGUGAGUAUAAUUAUUGGUCCAUGAAAGCACUUCGUGCCAGACUCCAGCAACCAGAGGCAUAUCUUCGUGAAACACUCGAGAAGAUCGCGUUCUUAGCAAAGACUGGUCGUUUCGCAACACAAUGGUCAUUGAAGCCUGAGAACAGACCUGACAACUAUGAGGUUGCUGCUGGCGAUGCCAUUGCACCUGGCGAAGAUACAGACCUUGGCGACGAUGACGAAGAUGAUGAUGAGGAUGUCAAGUUUGAAGACGUCUAA